ACACUCGCUCUCCUUAACCCCUGGGGCUCCGCAAGAGGCGGAGAGGCUGCGGGAGAAUCUGGCGGGGGAAGAUCCAGACGCUCCCCGGAUACACAAAGUCGAAACCAUUUGAAAUCCUUGCAAACCAAAAUUUUCUCUUGCUGGGAAAAAAAAAGAGAGGAAUCCCUUGGAGGGCUCAGUUGUGGAGCACCAGAAAUGGUCCCGUGAAGGAAAAGGCAUCUGGAGACCCACCAGAGUCCUUGGAGCCAUUUGCAGUUGCUCUGCAGGACAGAGAAAGGAUGGAGACACAACCUUUUGGAAAGGAGGGAAGCGGAAAAGGCCCUUCAGCUGCUCAGCCUGGGAAGGGGGGAAAGCUCUGGAGAAGGACUGGGCAGGAGAUCCUGGAGGAGGAAACCAUCCUCCCUUCAGUUCAGCCCUGGAACUUCAUCCAAUACCAGGAGGCUGAGGGUCCCCGAGGAUUUUGCAGCCAACUCCAUGACUUUAGUAGGCGAUGGCUGAGAUCAGAAAAUCACACCAAAGAGCAGAUGCUGGACCUAGUUGUUCUGGAGCAGUUCCUGGCUCUUCUGCCCCCAGAGAUGGAGAGCUGGGUGCGGGAAUAUGGAGCAGAGACCAGCUCCCAGGCGGUGGCCCUGGUGGAAGGCUUCCUCCUGAGCCAGGUGGAGGAGCAGAAGGAGCAGGAGGAGUUGCAGUGCUGCACUGUGGAGAUCAGAGAUCCUGAGGGAAAGAAGAACCCAUCAAAUCCCCUUCAGGAGCUAUUUUUGAGGAGGAUCCUUUGGGAAGAUCCAAAUCGAAACACCUCAGGAGAAAAACAAAGAAUGAAAUUUUCUGGGUUUUAUGACGGAGAUCAAACAGUGGUUGAACCUUCAAAUCAAGAGAAUCUUGUGUCCUUCAAGGAGGUGGCUGUGUAUUUCUCUGAGGAGGAAUGGUCUCAGCUGGAUCCUGACCAGAAAGCUCUGCAUUCGGAAGUCAUGCUUGAAAACCAUAGGAACGUGGUCUCUCUGGGUAAUAAUGGGCAGGAGAAUCAAGAUUCCUGUGAACUGUUCCAAGUGAUCAAUGCUAAAGAUGGAAGGGAGAAGUUUGGAAUUCAAAUGGAAUUCAAAAGCCAUGAGAAAAACCAGUCAAAAAAUUGGAAUGAAGAAAGCUCAUCUUUCACUGAUGCUCCGAUGCAAGACUUUAUUGUCCAACAAGGAAAAAUAAGGGGAAAAUAUACUGGAAAAAGUGUGAAGCUAAUCAAAACUAAAUUACAAGUAAAAGAACACUAUUUAACCCAAAACAAAGGAGAAAAUCCUAUAAAAAGACAAAAUUGCAAUGGGAGAUUUCUUCCUUCUUUUGGAAAUGAGUCCCUUACAUCUCAAAAAGUGAUUGACACAAAAGAGAAGCCUUAUAAAUGUUCGGAAUGUGGAACAUGUUUCAGAAAGAGUAGGCAACUUACUUCCCAUGAAAGGAUCCACACUGGGGAGAAGCUAUACAAAUGCAGAAAAUGUAGUAACAGGUUCACAAGACGUAGUAGUCUUAUUUCCCAUAAAAGGAUCCAUUCAGGAGAGAAACCAUAUAAAUGCAUGGAGUGCGGAAAGACAUUUGCUGAAAGAGGUAAUCUUAUUUCUCAUAAAAGGAUCCACUCAGGAGAGAAACCAUAUAAAUGCAUGGAAUGUGGAAAGACCUUUGCUCGAAGAGAUAAUCUUAUUACCCAUAACAUGAUCCACACAGGAGAGAAGCCGUAUAAAUGCAUGGAGUGUGGAAAGAGCUUUGCUCGAAGAGAUAAUCUUAUUUCCCAUAAAAUGAUCCACACAGGGGAGAAGCCGUAUAAAUGCACGCAGUGUGGGAAAAUCUUUACACAAAGCAGUGGACUUACUAUGCACAAAAAGAUCCACACAGGACAAAGGCUGUAUAAAUGCAUGGUGUGUGGAAAGACUUUUGCUCAUAACAGUGGCCUAAGAAUACACAAAAGGAUCCACACAGGGGAGAAGCCAUUUAAAUGCAUGGAAUGUGGAAAGACCUUUGCUCAAAGAGGUCAUCUUAUUUCCCAUAAGAUGAUCCACACAGGGGAGAAACCAUAUAAAUGCACACAAUGUGGGAAAACCUUUACUCGUAGCAGUGGACUUAAUAUGCACAAAAAGAUCCACACAGGGGAGAAGCCAUAUAAAUGCAUGGAGUGUGGGAAAACCUUUACUCGUAGCUGUGAACUUGCUAUGCACAAAAAGAUCCACACAGGGGAAAAGCCGUAUAAAUGCAUGGAGUGUGGAAAGACCUUUGCUCGUAACAGUGACCUAAGCAUACACAAAAGGAUCCACACAGGGGAGAAGCCGUAUAAAUGCAUAGAGUGUGGAAAGACCUUUGCUCGUAACAGUGGCCUAAGCAUACACAAAAGGAUCCACACAGGGGAGAAGCCGUAUAAAUGCAUAGAGUGUGGAAAGACCUUUGCUCGUAACAGUGGCCUAAGCAUACACAAAAGGAUCCACACAGGGGAGAAGCCGUAUAAAUGCAUGGAAUGUGGAAAGACCUUUGCUCAGAAUGGAUGUCUGUCUUCUCAUAAAUGGAUUCACGCUCGUGAGAAACUAUAUAACAAUAGUAAUUCCACUUAGACUUAUAUACCUCUGCACAAUGAUUAACGACACCCUGAGCAGUUUACAAAGUCAGCAUACGAUCCCCAGCAAUCUGGGUCCUCAUUUUACUGACCUCAGAAGGAUGAAAGGCUAAAUCAACCAUGAGCCGGUCAGGAUCGAAUUCCUGACUGUGGGCAAUUAGCCUAUAGUACUGCAUUCUAGCCACUGCCUCACCAUGUCUAUAGCUCUUUAUGUAUAUGCAUAUUGUGCCUUUGUGAUCCAAAUGAGACAAGAUUAAAUCCAACAAAAUUAAAUUUAAUGUGGAGGGAAAAAAUGGUUUUACACCUGGGCAGGAAAAACAGUACCUAAAACCUGGCUCAAAACCAGUAACUGUGAAGGGUCCUUGGAGUCAGAAUGGAUGAUCACUUAAGCAUGAAUCACCUGUGUGUGGCAGCAGAUAAAAAGAGUGCAUACAAUCCUUGGUUGUAUAAACAGAGGCAUAGAAUCAAAAUCACAUGAAGUAUUAGUCCUGCUCUAUAAAGCCUUAGUAAGAACACACCUGGAAUACUUCAUCCAGCUUUGGUUAUCAAAUUACAAAAAAGAUGUUGAGACUUUGGAAAAAAGUGCAGAGAUUAGCAGUAGGCUGAAUAAAGGCCCGGAGACUAAAACAUAAAAUCUUCCAUAAAAUCACGGAACGGAAGGAUACCGUGAGGGGAUCUUUGAGAUCAUCUCAUUCAAUUUCAGAGCCCACACCUGACUCCAUGCGAUUGGAGCUCCAGAACUCAAAGUGACCAAGAAGUGACUUCAAGAAACUUGGUGGCUACAUCAGAGCUCCAGGCUUAACUAGACCAGGGGUGUCAAACUCACAGUGCCAUGUGCUGGCCACGCCCACCUCUGGUUUAGCCAAAGGGAAGUUGUGAUAUGUCACGUGAUCAUAAUGUGAUACUACGAGUUUGACACCCCUGAACUAGACCAAGGUCUCUAAACGUGGUAACUAAGACUUACGGACUUCAACUCCCAGAAUUCCUAAGUUGUCUGUGCGAGUUGAAGUCUUAGUCUGAAAGUUGCUGAGGUUCCUGAAGUAGACAAUGGGUGCAUAUUGCGUAAUUACUGUAUUGCAGAGAUGUUAUCUAAAAGAGAAUCGGAAGGACCUGGGUCCUUCCCUUUAUACAAUAACCUUUCAAUUGGGGAUUCAUAAUGACUACCUUACAGAAAAUUACAAAAUUAAGAUCAUGAAAUGUCAUAGACAGGAACGACAAUUGUAAUAAACUGGUCCAUCUUAAUAUCAAUGUUAUAAUAUGGUAUACUUAUUAUAUGUAUAUUGAAUUAAAUACUUUAUUUGGACAAGUGCAAUUAGACAUGCAAAGUGUAUGUGUGUGUAUGUACAUACACAUAAACAAAUACCCACAACACAGAAAUAGAUCUAUUUAUUCACACUGAGUGGAUCUCUUGGGAUGUUUCACAUUUUCUUCCUGCUUGUUUCCCUUUUAUAUGUAUCUUGGAUAUAUGUAAAUAUAGUUCCUCGAUUAUGUUUGGUGAAACAUAAAAUCAUUUUUCACUCUUUUCCUGUCA